CGCGCGGUGUGAUUGCCCAGGAGAAAGGAAGGCGCUCCAGUUCCGGGUCACAGGCCCUUCUCCCGCCUCCCUCGGCCUCAACCAUGGCGGGUAGUAGCGGUUCAGGGGCUGCGGCGGCGGCCGCAGCGGCGACGAAUCUGAAUGCGGUGAGAGAGACCAUGGACGUUCUGCUUGAGAUUUCAAGGAUUUUGAAUACUGGCUUAGAUAUGGAGACUCUGUCUAUUUGUGUACGGCUUUGUGAACAAGGAAUUAACCCAGAAGCUUUAUCAUCGGUUAUUAAGGAGCUUCGCAAGGCCAGUGACGCACUAAAGGCUGCUGAAAAUAUAACAAGCUGACUUUCUGGAGAGAUCCUGAUGAAAUGUCAAGCUUUGCAAGAGGAUUUGAAAAUCUCAUUGUAGUCAAGACCGUACAAAGAAAUUACUGCAUGCAGCAGUGUAGAAACACUUUCCUUUUUAAGAGAAUUAUAAAACCAUAGCUUUAUAAAUCAAUGAAAAGUGGCUUACAGAGAGAACUAUCAGAUGUGUUUACGUCACAUAUUUUUAAACAGUUCUAAUGCUUUGUCAUUGAAAUGUUCAUAUUUAUGUAUGCUUUGUUGAUAGCUCUGAUAGCUUUGGUUUUCUAAGCAGUCUAUCAGAUGUGCCCGUCUGCUGUGUCUGGUUGAAGUAUAGUGGAACUCAUCAGUAGUAAUGUAGUUCUGACUUGUUGACAUUUCCAUUAUAAACCUUAAUUUUGAAUUGUUAAUGCAAAAUAACUAUGGACUUGUAGUGGGCUGCAAGUUAACAGAAUUUCAGCCACCAUUUCUGAAUUUUGAUUUGGGUUCAUUAUAUAUAUCAGAAUCUUGUGUUUCUUAAGGGCACAAAAAGCAUUUGUUGUAAUUUGCUCUUUAACAAAGAAUAUUUAGUUUUUUAAACAUAAAGUUUGUCUGGCAGUUAAUAUGAACCAAAUCAAUCUUGUAUUGAUUGAAAAUACAUAAAAUUUUCAGAAAUUUAGAUUUAAAAAGUAACGAAAGUACUUAGCUUAUAGUAUUAUUUAUCAUUUGAAUCAUUUCAAUUUAAUGAGUAUUAAUGGAGAAUGAUUUUCUUUCUAGGUUUUAUACUAUGAAAAUGGUGGCCUAAAAAUAAUGCAUAAUGAAACAUUUUCAACACACAAAAUUCUUUUUUAUUACAUAAAAAUAAUUUGAGUGCUUACCUAAUAUGUCGAGUGGUUACCUAGAAACUAAAUAGAUAACUAGUGGUUAUCUAAUCACUAAAUAGGAGCUCUCAUUUAACAGAUAAGUUACUGUUUUCUGAA